AUGGCCUAUCCUUCAAAAACCCGCAUCUUCAUGACCGGCGCCAGUGGGUACAUCGGCAGUGUAAUCACAGAAUUCGCCAUUGCACAAGGGUACGAAGUCCAUGGCCUGUCUCGCACGGAGACCAACGAUGCAAAGCUGAAAGGUCUGGGAGCCGUCCCAAUUCGCGGGGACCUCGAGACUCUCGACGUACUACGCCAUGAAAGUGCCAAUGCGCAAAUCGUCAUCCAUCUCGCCGAUGCCAUGACCUGGAACCCGGACUAUAGCGCAGGACUGCGUAUCGAUGCAGCUGCAGUCGAUGCAAUCUGCGAAGCCAUACAGGGAACCGACAAACCUCUACUGGUAACCUCCGGCUCCUUGUUGGUUGAGGCUGAUCCCAACGGCGAGGAGACUACCGAGACGUCCCCUCUGCAGAAGAAUCCAGUAAAUCAAAGAUGGAAAUCCGAGGAUCAUGCCAUACGCUGGGCCAAGGAGAAAGGUGUUCGCGUGAUCGCAAUGCGCCUGGCGCCAUACGUUUAUGGACGAGGAGCAAGUGGUAUACGCUUGUUCAUGCAGAUGCAUGCCCGCAACGGCGAGGUUACAUGCAUCGAUGACGGCAGUGCAAAAACGUCAACUAUCCACGUCGACGAUGCGGCACGUAUGUACCUCCUGGCGGCCGAAAAGGGGAGCGCCCGAAAUGUGUUCAACUGUACAUCAUCCACGGAUGUCACAGCGCUUCAAAUUGCAGAGGCAAUGGGAUCGGUCCUCAACUUGCCCGUGAAGUUCCUCAAGUUCGAUGAAGCGGUUGCAAAGUUUGGUCCAUUCUUCAGUAAAUUCCUCAGCGCAGUGAAUCGCGCGUCCAGUGCCAAAGCGGUUCAGACAUUGGGAUGGGAGCCCAAGGAGGUGGGGAUCCUUGAUGACAUCAAAGGUGGUUCAUAUCUAGCUGUGGCUAAGGAGUUGCGCAAGGACUGA